AUGAGUGGAAACAAAGGUGGCGUUUUGUCUCGAGUCUUUGGUGGUUCGGGUAAAGGUGGUGCUAAAGUUAAAACAGCUCAAACACCUCAAGAAGCAAUUCAACAGCUGCGUGAUGUCGAAGAUGUUCUCAAUAAAAAAGUUGAACAUUUAGAAGCAAAAAUCAAUGAAGAAACAGCAAUUGCUCGACGAGAUGCACGAACAAACAAACGUAAUGCUUUAAAUGCAUUAAAACGAAAGAAACGAUUAGAAAAAACUUUACAACAAAUUGAUGGAACAUUAACAACACUCGAAUAUCAACGUGAAGCUUUACAAAAUGCUUCAAUGAAUGGACAAGCAUUCAAUGCAUUGAAAGGUGCAACAAGUGCGUUGAAAAAUGUUCAUAAAGAACUGGAUGUUGAUAGUGUUCAAGAUAUAAUGGAUGAAUUAGCUGAACAACAUGAAUUAUCCACUGAAAUUGCCAAUGCCAUUUCAAGUCCAAUUGGAUUUGGUGCUGAAAUCGAUGAAUUUGAAUUGGAAAAUGAAUUAGCACAAUUGGAACAAGAAGCAUUAUCGAAAGAAAUGGCACAGAUUGAAUUACCAACAGUACCUGCUCAAACGGGAACUUAUGCGAAACCCGUUGCACCUACAGCAACUAAAGAUCCAUUUGCUGAAUUAGCACAAUGGGCAUCAUAA